CUCGUCUGCAGUAACUACAGUUGUCACUAGUAAUGCGAGCUGCCUGCGGUGAUUUGCCGCGACCAACUUGAAACGAAGAUAGAUUGCCAUGCAUUGCUGAGAUUGCUCUUCCCUUCACUCGGAGCGGCGGUGACUAACCUGCGACGCCUCCUCUCUCCCUCGGCCCGCAGUCACUACCACUGCACGUGUGGCCCCGGCAGCCAAUCAGCUGCAGACAAGCCUUCCUCGCUCUACCGUCUCCGACACGCGCACUCUGCCCUCACUGGCAACACACCACACCACCACCAACCAUCGAAGAUCGCCUACCAUCAACACCCACCCUCGAGGGCAAUCUCUCUCGAACGCACCUCCAUACUCCCAACCCGCUCCACUCUCGACAGGCUUCAUCGGCCACUUCUCUGACCCUCGCCUGCGAGAACAGACUCCACUACGACUGUAGGCCCUGGAGCUCUCCGCCAUCGUCAAGCCACCACCUGGCAGGCUACCGCGACCGGCCAACCUCGCAACUGGGCCCUGGUCACAAUCUACCAGCCAUCCUCUCCUCCUCGUCAUCCAAGCGGCAAAUCAGCUUUCGAGCCAAAACCUUCCUUUCCCACCCCGAGUUGCAUGAUUCACUACUGCUGCAGACGCUUUUCCCCGUCAAACCGUCUGAGCGCAGGAUUGCACAUCUCGCUUCUCGCUUCUACCUGUACCUCUUGUCCCACUUCUACGCAGUGUGGUCGCCUCCCAAGACCUCAAUCCACCCCCGAACGGGUCGCGACAGUCGUCGGCCUCAGGCAGACCUGAUUAUCUUACCUCAUUUUGGCCUCAACCCAGAUCCUACUGCCGCCACUGCCUGUGCGUAGCCACUACAUCUGUCACGCGUACCGAGAGCUCAAAGAGAGAAGAAAGGAUAUUCCGCGUCUGUUACCAAGCGUGCGGUGGGUGAACGUGGACCUCUGCCGGGAUAGAACACUCCUUGUUUAGCUGCCGCGGUCGCGCCAUUACUAGUCACUGCUCCGAGUAGGACGCUAUCACCUUUCGAACAUCGCUCCACUCUAAGACACAAGUUGCGAACUCUCUUUCCCUUGUCCGAUUUGGAUCAUCUGCUGGCAGGCUAACAGGCUUGACCACUCAAAGCAGGGUGGAGAUCCUGCGGAAACCUCAGCAGUUCAAAUCCACUACCUCAGAAGACAAGACACAGGGGGUCCAAGGAUACAACUGUUCCCCAUACCGAAGCUUCUGUUAUUGGCUGGUGCAGGUGAAGACACAAGCUGACCGACUGCCACCUGGUCCCACUGUUAGCAAGCAAUUCAACCUCUGCAUCUCUGAUCGUGCAGCUCGAACGGAGACAAGUCCCUGCCAAUUCUGGUGUCGCCGCGGGAAGUCAGAAAAACUCCCUAUCACAUCACCCUGGAACUGCAACCCUGGGCGAAUCGUGAGCAGAACAGACCGCAUCAAUCCGAAGGCAAAGGGAGACAGUUGUCCAUUCAUUACUACAUAGGAACGGACACUCCGGGGCCGAAAGCACCCCCACCACCCCUCCCUGGACUCCGAAUAUUGGGUCAUUGCCGUUCAUCUCUGCCCUUUAUUAGCCUUGGGCCUCGCGCCAUCUCGAGAAAAGUAACGGUUGCUUUUGGGUCAGUCCGAGCUUGCAGCUAGUCCAGCGAGGACAGUGCUAAAUACUCGUUUUCGCGCGGACUUCGCCCCAUCGGUUAGAGUGAUUGCUCCCCUGCUCGCGAUCAACCACAGAGGGUCCUCUGCUCACUUGGUCGCCGGCCGAUCUCGUGUCCAUUCUCGUGCCAAAAGCGCUUGCCGGUCCCGACCUCCUCUGAGUCGUUCCCGUCCUUUCUCCACCACGCAGCCGUUAGGGUGAGUGGUCACUUGGGUCUCUCGCCUGGGCAGCGUUCGAAAUAAAGAAUACGCCGGUUCUCGAUCUAAGCAUUGCUUCAGUCGUAUCGUCGCCUGCUGCCGAGCUCGCGACUAGACAGACUGUGUGUGCUGACUGCUGUCAUCAUCAUCCACUACCUUUCAUUCGGGUCACCACCAGUACGACUCGAGUUAUCCCAACUCCAUCCAUACGCGUCCCUCGACUUGGGCAAAGCACCUUGAGAACAUCUUUUGAUGGACAGGGGUGCAUCAGAAUACGCGCAGUCAGAUCAAUCGUCUGUCGCGACCUACACCACGCAAGACGCGCGCUCAGCGAACAUUUCCACGAGCAACACCCCUCAGUCAGACUACGGGCUCACGCCGUCUUCAGCGCGCUCGUCCGGCUUCCCAUCGGAGCAUUUGCGAUACAGCCAAUACACCCACGCGCCUCAGCACUCAGGCGCGGUAGGAACCAUGGCACAACCAACAAAUCCCUCGAUUUCGCAAGCCAGCCCGACCUAUCCCCCAUACUCGCCAUACCCGCAAGGUCAAGACAUGCAGCACGCCUACCAGCCGCAGCACCCUCCCUACAUGCAACAACGACCGCCGCACGAACAAUGGGCCGGCUACCCCCCUCAACACGGCAUGCCUGGUCCAUACCCGCAUCCCGGGCCUGGUGUUCAAGGACCACCUCAGACCUCUGCCGCGUCGCGCACUGGACAAGUCUACUCUUUUGUACCCAUUCCUGGCGCGCAGCAACACAAGCGGCCUCGUCGCAGAUACGAAGAAAUCGAAAGAAUGUACAAAUGUGGUUGGAACGGCUGUGAAAAAGCAUAUGGUACCCUAAACCAUUUGAACGCACACGUUACCAUGCAAUCACACGGAACAAAGAGGACACCUGAAGAGUUCAAGGAAAUCCGAAAAGAAUGGAAGGCCCGCAAGAAGGAGGAAGAGAAUGCUCGCAAGGCGGAGGAGGAGCGACAGAGAGCAGCAGCGCAGGCAAACCAGGUCGACGGCGGUCAGCCUGCAGAUGCUCAUCAAGUACCGGCACAAGGUUAUCAACAGAACGGUGCUCGACCCUCUUUGCCUCCCAUCGGCUAUCAGUCCGCCGAAGGGCAUGCCCAAGGCCAGUACGCUCAACCUCAAGCGGGUAUGGUGUACCCUCCCGGAAACGGACAAAUGGGCAGCUAUGCCAACUAUCCCAGCUCGCCAUAUGGGCAGCAGGGCCAAGUCUACCAACAACGCCAAUACUAGGACUAUUACGCUGAGAGCACAGUCCAGCCAUAGUAACAAACCAGGCGCGCUUUCCCCCGGCGUCGAGCAGCCGGAUGCAGCGUCUGCACCGGGGCACUGCCACAUGUUCAUAUGAUACCCUAGGUGGGAGUGGAGGAGGUAAUCCAAGCAAAGUUGCAAGACCAAAAGAACGAAGGGUUAAUACUCGGUCGGAGUUUGGGCUGCACACAGCAGCCGGUGGAUGCCUGUGCUCUGUUGAUGACUUUCUUUUGCAAGUCUUUCUUUUUUUGCGCGCGUGUGUGUGUGUGGCUUUCUAUUUUCGAUUUUGGGCCGGACACUCCCCAACGGCCGUCAGCAUGAAGGUUCGAGGUGAUGAACGUUACGAUCGACCGGCAGUAUGCAUUGCCGAAGGGAAUGGGAAACAGCCGGAGUGGAGGGUCUUGUUGUCUGUCUACGUACACAUUCCCCUUUCUCGAGGCUAUUGGCGAAGGCACCCGUGGAAGACUUUGUGAUCGGUGUGUUCUGCCAGGGUCAAUCGAUUCACGCUGCCCGUCAACAUGCCUAGGUCGACGGUGCAUGGCUUUUCAGUCCAUUUUUGUACAUUCGCGGUCCCAGGGGUUUGAGGCUGGAUAUGCUCACUUUCUGUAGGAGUUGAAUUCGGUUACGCCAAUAGAAUAGGGCUGACUACCAGGUAGCCUUAACACCAGCAGAUGGCGCUAGCAAACUCCCCAGAGUGUAUCAUUAUGUCCUUUUUUAUGCUUCUUCCCAAUCAGCACCAUAUUAGUAUUGGGUGAUCGGUUCUUACACUCGUGGUGGCACCUAUGGUGGAUCCUGCCGGCUCGCCCACAGUCGUGUUCGACACAUUCAGCAUACCGGCAAAACAAAAUGCAAUGACGUGUGAGAGGAUGCUUGACUCCAGAUGAGCUACACAGACAGAGCGGCUCUAGCGGAGGACAGGCGGAGAGUGAGGAUAUCACUGUCGUGAGUUUAAGGUUGUUUGGCUCCGGUCGGCCAGAGUUGGUGCGCAUCUAACUAAGGUAGUAGCAUGAGAUCCAG